UAUGCUCGUGUGCCUUUGCACAUGGUUAUAUAUGAGUGUAGACAGCAGUAUUCUGCAGCAAAGCUAGGCAGUGACAUUACUGCGUUUGUUUCUUUCUUUCCGUGCAGCUGGUGCGAAUGACUUGCAGCCGUCUACAAGACCCGAGUGACCCGCUGUAUCAGCCGAAGCCCCUCAUGGACAGCUGCUUCCCUUAGCUGAUUGAAACCUGCCGUUAGUCACUGACUUGGAAGGAAAGGAAACGGUGGCAGCUCAGGUUGUUAUUGUUUUCUGACGAAAGCACCUUUUUGUUUUCCAAAUUCGGGGAGCGAGCAUUCUGGAGAAAGACUUUCUUUAUCAACAGCUGCUGGUGAACACUCAGCGAGAGAAUUAAGAUAAGAGGGGGAAAGAGAGACAUCAAUAACGGGGCAAGUGUUAUAGUAUCCUUUGUCUCUCGAACUGGAGUCACACUGAAGCAGCCUGGUGAUUCUGGAGCUAUGGGACCGAGAAAGAAAAGCAGCCCUUCAAUCAGAUGUCUCAAGAACUGUGCUGCUUCAGCAUGGGGUAUUGGUGUGGCAUUAACCCUGGUCUUUGGGAUCUGGACUGUUACAGCAGAAGCAGAAGAGGAGUUUCAGUCUGUGUAUGUUUGGAAACCAGGUGCCUGGGGGAGAUGUAUGGGACAGAAAUGUGGCCCAGGUGGUAUCCAGACAAGGUCGGUAUGGUGUGCCCAUGUGGAGGGAUGGACAACUUUACCUACUAACUGUAAACCAGCAGAAAGACCCGAGAAUCAGCAGAAUUGCUUCAAAGUCUGUGACUGGCACAAAGACCUAUAUGAGUGGCGGGUGGGCGAAUGGAAUGAUUGUUUGCCUGUUACGUCCAGGAGUGCUUCUCCAAAACAAACCUCAGAGUGCUUGAAAGGUGAGGAUGGUAUUCAGAGGAGGAAUGUAACUUGCACCGAGAAAAGAAACGGAGCAAUGGCAGAAGAUGUUAUUUGUGAAUAUUUUGAGACGAAGCCCCACGUUGAGCAAGCCUGCCUCAUCCCUUGCCCACAGAAUUGUGUGGUUACAGAGUUCACUCCCUGGUCUGAAUGCACCAAAUCCUGUGGGGUUGGAUUACAGCACCGACUUCGGCAAAUCCUGGUACCUCCGCUCUAUGGUGGAGAGCCGUGCCCCAAACUUACUGAGUUUCAGACCUGCACGUACAACUCCUGUCGGAUUGAAGAAAGCAUGUACAGUCUGAAAGUUGGUCCGUGGAGCGAAUGCUCUCUUCCACAUUCUCGGCAAACUCGGCAAGUGGGAAGCAGGAUGAGAGACCCAGAAGCCUGGGAGCUUGUGAAGAAAAAACGGAACAGAAACCGUCAAAUCCGCCAAGAAAACAAAUAUUUUGACAUACAGAUUGGUUACCAAACACGACAAGUUACGUGUACUCACAGAAGUGGGAAGACUGCUGCUCUCAGCCACUGCACACAACAUAAGUUGCCAAUCACUUUCCAGUCUUGCGUGGUCCCAAAGGACUGUCAAACAUCAGAAUGGUCUGAGUGGAGCCCUUGUUCAAAGACAUGCUACAGUGCAACAUCUCCUAAAGGAUUUCGUACCAGAACAUCAGGUAUUAACCAGUUUCCAGUUGGUGGUGGAAAAGAAUGUCUGCCGGUGGAGGAUCGAGAACCAUGCUCUCCUCAAGGAGAAGUUGUGCCACCUUGUGUUACGUAUGUGUGGAAGACAACAGAAUGGAAUGAAUGUCGUGUUGAUUCACUACUCAGCCAGCAAGACAGAAGACGUGGAAAUCAAACUGCACUCUGUGGUGGGGGGAUUCAAACCCGUGAAGUCUACUGUGUACAAGCUAAUGAAAACCUCUUUUCCUAUCAAAACACACUGAAGGAAAAGGAAGCUUCAAAACCUGUUAACAGCAAGUUGUGCACUGGAGCCACACCAAACACUACACAAAUGUGUCAGAUUGCAUGUCCAAUUGAAUGUGAAGUAUCAUCUUGGUCUGCUUGGGGACCAUGUACCUAUGAAAACUGUCAUGAUCCACAGGGAAAGAAAGGAUUUAAACUGCGGAAACGACAGAUUACCAAUGAGCCUACUGGUGGGAUUGGAAACUGUCCACACUUAAAUGAAGCAAUACUUUGUGACAACCCGUCAUGCUAUAGCUGGCAGGUUGUGAAAUUGAGCGAAUGCUUCCCCAGCAAUGACAGUGACUGUGGACUGGGUGUUCAAGUACCUGAAGUUCAAUGCAUCAACAGCAACGGAGAAGUUGUAGACAGGAAUUUCUGUGGAAAAGCUACAUACCCGGUGCCAGCAUCAUGUGAGGUAUCUUGCCCAAGAGAUUGUGUCCUUAGUAAAUGGUCAGAGUGGUCAUCAUGUUCAUAUACUUGCUCUGGGAAAACAACAGAUGGUAAACAGAUGCGAGCACGUUCAAUUCUGGCAUAUGCGGAUGAAGGAGGAGCACAGUGCCCAAACAGCAGUGCCUUGCAGGAAGUGCGCAGCUGUAAUGAGCAUCCUUGUGUUAUACAUCACUGGCAGACGGGCCCUUGGGGCCCCUGUAUUGAAGAUUUGUCCGUAGCUGGCCUUAAUUCAAGCACCAGCUGGAGUGGUGAUGCCACCUGUGCCGUGGGAAUGCAAACCAGAAAAGUUAUUUGUAUGAGAGUCAACGUGGGACAAGUCGGACCAAAAAAGUGCCCUGAGAGUCUACGACCAGAUACAGUGAGACCGUGUCUUCUACCUUGUAGAAAGGACUGCAUUGUCACAUCUUUUAGUGAUUGGUCACCUUGUCCAUUAAUGUGCAAAGAUGGAGAAGAUAACACAGCAAAACAAUCCCGAUAUCGUAUGAUUAUUCAAUUACCAUCAAAUGGAGGGCGUGAUUGUCCUGAUACACUCUUUGAGGAGAAGGAUUGCGAGUCCCCUCCUGUCUGCAAUAAUUACAGGUGGAAAACACACAAAUGGCGGCGCUGUCAGUUGGUACCUUGGUACGUCCGUCAAGACAGCCCAGGAGCACAUGAAUCCUGUGGUCCAGGCCUUCAAACCAGAGCGUUAUCAUGCCGAAAGCAAGAUGGCAGUCAAAUGGACAUAAACAAUUGCUUGAAGUGGGCUGGCACCAUGCCAACUUUAACUCAACAUUGUCAAUUGCCCUGCCAGGAUGACUGCCAGUUCACCAACUGGUCUAAAUUUUCUUCCUGCACUGGUGACUGUGGUACAGUACAGACCAGACGAAGAACAAUUGUUGGUAAGAGCAAGAAGAGAGAAAAGUGUAGGAACACUCAAAUUUUCCCUCUGAUUGAAACCCAGUUCUGUCCCUGCAACAAAUACACUGCACAGCCUAUAGGCAACUGGUCAGACUGCAUUCUGCCUGAGGGAAAGACGGAGACCCUGCUUGGCAUGAAGGUCCAAGGAGAUAACAAGGAAUGUGGACGGGGCUAUCGCUAUCAGGCGUUGGCAUGUCGAGAUCAAAAUAAUAGACUUGUGGAAUCAGGACGAUGCAACAGACAUGCAUACAUAGAGGAAGCCUGUGUCAUUCCCUGCCCAUCCGACUGUAAGCUUAGUGAGUGGUCUAAUUGGUCUCGCUGUAGCAAAUCCUGCGGCAGUGGAGUAAAGGUCAGAUCCAAGUGGCUACGUGAGAAACCAUAUAAUGGUGGACGACCUUGUCCAAAGCUUGAUCAUGCCAACCAGGUAUAUGAAGUUGUUCCCUGCCACAGUGACUGCAGUCAGUACGUGUGGAUAGCAGAGCCAUGGAGUGUGUGCAAAGUGAGCACUGUGGACCUGAAGGAAAACUGUGGUAAAGGAGUGCAGACUCGAAAAGUGAGAUGUAUGCAGAACACAGUGGAUGGUCCCAUCGAAUUUGUUGAAGACUACCUCUGUGACCCGGAAGAAAUGCCAUUGGGUUCCAGGCAGUGCAAGUUGCCAUGCCCUGAUGAUUGUGUUAUGUCUGAGUGGUCAUCUUGGAGCAGGUGUCUCCUGCCGUGUAACACUAGUGCCACCCGAGAGCGGUCAGCUGUUCCAAUAAGACAGUCUGCAAAAGGGAAGCCCUGUCCAGCUGAAACAGACACGGAGCCGUGUCAUCUGAACAGAAACUGCUUUCACUACACAUACAAUGUUACAGAUUGGAGCACUUGUCAGUUGAGUGAAAAAGCAGUAUGCGGGAAUGGAAUUAAAACACGAAUGUUGGACUGUGUUCGCAGUGAUGGCAAAUCAGUUGAUCUCAAGUACUGUGAAGAGCUGGGUUUACAAAAGACAUGGCAGAUGAAUGCAUCAUGUACUGUGGAAUGCCCGGUGAAUUGUCUGUUUUCUGACUGGUCACCCUGGUCUGAUUGUUCACAGUCAUGUGGUCUUGGAGGAGUAAUGAAACGAAAGAGGACCUUGAUUCAGCCAUUCCAGGGAGAUGGGAGACCAUGUGUAAUGCAGCUGGAACAGUCCAAAUCAUGCCUAAUCCGACCUUGUUAUCGCUGGCAGUACAGUGAAUGGGGCCAAUGUAAAGUGGAGGACGCCCAGUGUGGAAAUGGGAUGAAAUAUCGAAACAUGUCAUGCGUUGUGUUUGAUGGAACCAGUGACGAUUCUGGCAAGUUGGUUGAUGACGAAUUAUGUGCUGACCUGGAGCCUGCAGUGAAGGGAGACAAACAGAUUGUUCUGCAGGCAUCCUGUGCUGUCCCAUGUCCAGGUGACUGUUACCUCACAGAAUGGUCUGUGUGGAGUUCUUGUCAGCUAACCUGUGUGAAUAACCAAGAUCUUGGUCAUGGUGGAGUACAAGUACGGACUAAGGCAGUGAUCAUCCAGGCAAUCGAAAACGAACACCUGUGUCCUGAGCAGGCACUGGAAACCCGCUCAUGUACUGGUGGCCACUGUUAUGAAUACGUUUGGUUGGCUGGUGCUUGGACCGGAUCGUAUCGAGAAGUUUGGUGUCAGAGGUCAGAUGGAAUAAAUGUCACAGGUGGCUGCUCUGCAUUAAAUCAACCUUAUGCUGACAGAUCUUGUAAUCCACCAUGCACUAAGCCUCACACAUACUGCACUGAGUCUGCAGAGUGUGCCUGUGAAGAAGGUUACACAGAGGUGGUGAUGUCAGACAAUUUGUUGGAUCAAUGUACCAUGAUCCCAGUGCUAGAGAUCCCUUCAGUGGAAGAGAAGAAAACAGAUGUAAAGACAAGCCGAGCCAUCAACCCAACCCAAACAUCUGACAGCAAACAAGGACAUUCAGGACAUACAUGGUUCCUGCAACCUUUUGGAGCAGAUGGGAACCUGAAAACAUGGGUUUAUGGUGUGGCAGCAGGAGGUUUUGUCUUAAUAAUCUUCAUUGUGUCUAUGAUCUAUCUAGCCUGCAAGAAGCCGAGGAAAACACAGAGAAAGCAAAAUAACAAGCUGAAACCUUUGACCUUGGCCUAUGAUGGAGAUGCUGACAUGUAAUCUUCUUUAUUGCUUGCUGAACAUCUUCCUAUCUAUCUCAUCACUGUAAGAUGUACUGUGCAGUUCUAUAUGUCCAGACUAUCAUCCUUUAUAGGAUUCUGUGUCAGUGUGCCAGAUUCUAUAGUACUGUGACACGUUGACAGGAAGGAGAUGGAAUAUGCUACAAGAUGUCAUUCUCUGUAUAAUGCAGGACUUCAAACGAUGCAGCUGCCAGUUUAUUGCAAGCUAUAUCUUUGAUAUGAUGCUAAAGAACUGUUCUACAAAAAAAACCUUAAUUUUAUCUGAAUGACAUUAAAAUGGAAAUUAUAUUAGAAUUGAAAAGUAAACAUGAAUUUUCAAAUAAUUACAUUUCGCUUAAUAACUAUGUACUGAUAGAAGAGCACUGCUCAUGGGAAUAAGCUCAUUGACAAUGACAGGAAUCAACUGAAAAACUAGCAAAUGUUCAUAGUUGAGAUGCUCACUAACUGGAAAGAGCAGGCUUGAUGGAUUGAGAAGUUAAACUGCAAACUGCAGCUGAGAGCAAUUUCAAAAUCUCUCCUCUUCAGUGUUAAUACAGAAGGAAUGGAAAUUUAUACUUCUAUCAACUGCUUUUUGCAAUUCCCUGGAGAUGCAGCAGCAUUGGAAUAAUAUUUAUAUCUUGAUGACAGGUCAUCAUUUAAAGCAAAAAGGAUGGAUGAAUUGCUUGAAGAUUUUGCAUAUUAUUAUCAAAAUUUGCAAAAUAUAGUAGCAAAAGUACAAAUUAAGAUAUUCAUCUGGGAACCUGCUAAUAAGUUAACAGCUUAAGCGUUUUCCUUCUUAAUUAUGAACCAUACGGAUUAGCAACAAGUUAACCAGUUACACUACCACUUAUUGCUGCUGAAAAUGCUUUACCUAUUAAUGUUGCAAACUAUAGACUUGAUUUUUCCAACUAAUGAAAUGCUCUCUCAAAAUAACCUGUGGACUAUGGCCCAUAAAAUUUAUUUAAAUGAGGCACUUUUUUUGCACUAUAUUAGUGCUGCAUGAUAUGCACUUAACCAUUUAUCACCUUAGCAUUAGCCUCUGUCUUUUAUUUUUGAAAAAAAAGUGUCUCACCUUGGUGAUGUUAUAUAGAUAGAUAGAAAGGGAACAAACUAAUGUUGUUUACUCAUGAAUUGCAAAAAUGUCGAACUCAAGCAGAAUGGAAUCAAUGCAUUUCAUUCAGUGAGUGUACAUACAUAAAUGUGUGUCAAAAGUCACUGCAGCUAGUUUGUAAGUUGUAUCAGUGGUCAGUAUAGUUGCAGUAUCAAUAGGGAACUAGCUGAAUUUUCCGAAAUAUGUAAUUGUUCUGAUAUUAUGUGCUAAUGUUGUGCAAACAGUCCACCUGGCUCUUUUGCUAGAUACAUCUUUUUAUACAGUUUCCCUUUUAAAGGAGCAACACCUUUUGGUUAUUUUACCACCUUGACCAAAAGUGAGUAGGAGGACAGACUGCAGUUAGCAAACUCAAAAUUCAGAAUUCUCAAUUAUCUAAGCAAGAUAGUCAACUUGUGGGGAAAUUUUAAAAAAACUGUAAAAUGUAAUUCCUUUCACCAAAAUUAUUUGAGAAAACAAACAUUUUAGAUAAAUGAACAAAUAUUUAUUACUAUUACAUUGCCAUUAUUUUCUAAGCACCCUUCUUUGUAUGAGACUCAUUUAUUUUGUUGGCUUGGGACAAAUGAAUCGGGAAUUAUCUUUCAGAAGGAAAUACUGUAAAACUAAGUAUUUGAAAAAGUUAGAAGUUAUGUUCAUUGUUGAUCUGAGCAGUACAACACCUUAAUAUCCUCUAGAUUGUACAUGUUAUUCGUAGCAUCUCCCAGAGACAAUUAUCAACAUAUGACCUUGUCAAAAUACACAGUAAUAUUCUCAGAAAUACUCUGGUUCACAGUGAUCAAAAGGUGUACAUUUCUGAGGAGACAUUUAAAUUAAAUCAGUAAGGUAAUAAAACAUAACAACAACUUGCAUUUACUUUAAAUUCCUGCUAAAUGUUAAAUCAUUUAGUUUGCUGAGGGAACAGGCUAAAUGUAUACAAUUUUUAAAUCAAUGGAAGCUCUUUACAAUGGCAAAAGUAAAAAUGAAUUGUACAAAACGAUAUCUGACAUGUCAGAUUGCUCAAAUGUGAAAGUCAGGGAAGAAAUGUCACCACAUAUGAAGCAGAACCCAUUACAAUUUUUCUUGGUAGUUUGUUUUCCUGUUUGUGAAUGAAGGCAGGAGCAACCAAAAGAAAGGGGUUGGUUUCAUUCCAUUGUGUUAUGUUAAUUUGUAGAUAUGCCAUUUUUUUAUUUUCUAAAAUUAUGUAUAUUUAAUUUUUUUCCAAAAAUAAGGGCAAUGUUUAUGUAUGAGCUCCAAAAUUUUGUGGAGGAAAAUAAAGCCCAAAUUUUAUUGAGUUACAAUUAUAUUUAAACAAAAAUGUGGCACGUGCUUUAUUAGAGGUUAUUGUUUGAUAGCAUUUAUUCUACUGGAAAUGUUAAAUAAAAAAAUGAAAAUGUUACAUUAUUCUUGUGUUAGCCUUACCAUAGCUGUCACAUACAACAAUCAGCAGUGAUAGAGCUGAAGUCAGUAAGGUUAGGUCUUAGCAAUCAAAACUCUUCUGCAAAUUAACAUCUCAUAGAAAAACUUUUUAUCAGAAGCUUCAGAGAAAAGGACUGAGUAACUUUAAAGCUAUUUUUCUGGUUGAGAUAGAGCCAUAAUUGAGAGGAUUCCUACAUAUAUUCUGUUUAUACUCAAACCAAUAUUAUAUUAUGCUGACAAAAUGCUUUGUGUUUAAAGAGAUAACAAAUUAUCCAAUAUCCUGAAUUUAUCAAUAUUUCCAGAGAACCAAGAGAUGGAAUAUACUGCAGAGAAGUGUACGGUCAUGCACUUUAGGAGAAGGAAUAAAGACAGAGUAUUUUCUAAAUGGGAAGAAAAUUCAGAAAUUGGAGGUGCACAGAGAUCAGGGAGUCCUUGUGCAGGAUUCUCUGAAGGUUAACUUGUAGGUUGAGUUGAAGGUAAGGAAGAAUCCAAUGUUAGCAUUCACUUCAAGAGUACUAGAAUGUAAGAGCAAGGAUACAGUGCCAGGGCUUUAUGAGGCAUUGGUCAGACUGCAUUUGGAGUAUUGUGAGCAGUCUUGGCCCCCUCAUUGAAGAAAAGCUGUGCUGGCAUUGGAGAGAUCCAGAGAAGGUUCAUGAGAAUGAUUCCAGGAAUGAAAAGUUUAAUGUAUGAGAAGAGUUUGAUGUUUCUGGGCCUGUACUCACUGGAGUUUAGAAGAAUGAGGAGGGGAUCUUAUUGAAAUCUAUUGAAUAUUGCAAGACCUAGAUGCAGUGGAUGCAGCGAGGGGGGAGUCUAGGACCAAAGGCACAGCCUGGCAAUAGAAAAAAACAACCAUAUGGAAGAGAGAUCAGCAGGAAUUUCCUUAACAAGAGGAUAGUGAUUCUGUGAAAUUCAUUGCAACAGACGGCUGUGGAGGCCAAGUUGUAGUGUAUUUAAGGUUUCAGUAAUAUUUGAAUAAUAUUGUAAAUAUACUGUUUAA